UUGAAGCCGGAUCCGUUCCAGCAGCGCGCGGCUGUGCCUGGAGCGCCGUCACUGCUGCUGGUGGCCGCUCACACCUCGGCCGGCAAAACCGCGCUGGCCGAGUACGCCAUGGGGCUGGCCCGGCGCCACAUGACACGGUCCAUCUACACCUCCCCCAUCAAGGCUUUGUCCAAGCAGAAGUUUGGGGAUUUCCGCGACACCUUCGGGGACGUGGGGCUGCUGACGGGGGACGUGCGGCUGCGCCCCGAGGCCGCGUGGCUGGUGAUGAGCACCGAGAUCCUCAGGUCGAUGCUGUCCAACGGCUCCGACGCCAUCCGGGACCUGGAGUGGGUGAUCUCCGACGAGGUUCACUGCGUCAACGACGAUGAGAGGGGUGUGGUGUGGGAGGAGGUGCUGAUCCUGCUGCCCGAGCACGUGAAGCUGGUGCUGCUCAGCGCCACCGUCCCCAACACCCUCGAGUUCGCCCAGUGGGUCGGUCGCACCAAGCGUCGCUGUGUCCGUGUUCUGAGCACCCCGCGCCGCCCGGUGCCGCUGGAGCAUUUCCUGUUCACCGGGAACAGCGCCCGGAACCGGCACCAGCUGUUCCAGCUGCUGGGCCCAGGGGGGGCCUUCAGCACCCAGGGGUACUACGCGGCGGUGGAGGCCAAGAAGGAGCAGAGCAGCAAACACGCGCAGAGCUUCGGGGCACGGCAGCCCACCAUGGGAGCCCCCAACCCUGGGCAGGAGUGUGGGGUCUGGCCGUCCCUGCUGCAGACCCUCCGUGAGCGGGAGCUGCUCCCGGCCGUCACCUUCACCUUCUCCCGUGGCCGCUGCGAGGAGCAGGCGGCCGCCCUGGGCUCCCUGGAGCUGCUGAGCGGCGCCGAGCGCGCCCAGGUCCGGCACUUCCUGACGCGCUGCCUGGCCCGGCUGCGCGGCUCCGACCGGCGCCUGCCACAGGUGCUGCAGCUGUCGGAGCUGCUGCAGCGCGGCAUCGGCGUCCACCACGGCGGGGUCCUGCCGCUGCUCAAGGAGAUGGUGGAGAUGCUCUUCAGCCAGGGGCUGGUGAAGGUGCUGUUUGCCACCGAGACCUUAGCCAUGGGGGUGAACAUGCCGGCGAGGACCGUCGUCUUCGACUCCAUCCGCAAACACGACGGGAAUGGCUUCCGGGAUCUCCUGCCCGGCGAGUACACGCAGAUGUCGGGGCGCGCCGGCCGCCGCGGGCUGGACACCACCGGCACCGUCAUCAUCCUCUGCAAGGGAGCCGUGCCCGAGCUGUCGGAUCUGCACCGCAUGAUGCUGUGUCACUGCCAUGUUCCCACCGUGUCCCCCGAUGGCUUCGGCUCCCAACGGUCGCUCCCCGGCGCUGGGUCCAGAGCGGCCCGAGGAGGGGAUGCUCUGUGUGCCGGAACGCUGCUGACAGCACUGAAAACCUGUGUGCUUCGUGGUGUCCAUCGCCCAGCUGGCAACGAUUCCCUGGUGUUUGGUGCAUUAAGUCACACCCAGCUGUGUGGGAUGGCAGAGUCAGGUGGGCCCUUUAUUGAACAGAUUUAUCUGCUACAAGGCUACGCAGAAGGAUGGAAAGGAGGAACACAGGGGGAAAAAAAAAUAGAUGAAAGGCCAUGCAUUGAUCACCUGAUGUACUCCAGAGACAAACAUGGCUAUUGCAGGUAACAUGGAGCAGCCCUUCUGGCCUUUUCAGUUGUAUUCAGAGAGAUGUUUGCCUGCUGUGAAUAUCUGGGUGCUUGGAGUUCACUCUGAUUUUAACAAGCCCAUCAAUAAUAAAACAUUGUAUUGAUAGAGCAAGAUCUACUUCUGUAAAGUUGUUGCUCCACAGAAAAGCAGCAUAAAGAAGCUAGCUGGAUUAUUUGUAUGAUAUGUAGCUUUUUUAGGAUGUUUUGUUCUUUAUAUGGUGUUCAUUUCAAAUACAAGCGUGUGAACUUUGUGUUCCC